GGGCGUGCCGUGUGAGCUCAGAGCCAGCACGGGCACCCGAGCCCCGGGCCGGGGCUGUCACAGCGAGGCCCGGGGUAUCAUCCCCCGAGUGCGGAAACUGCGAGAGGGCGUCACUGCCGUUGUCGCUUCUGAUGUUAUAAUAAAGACCUGCGGAAAGGCCGCGUAUGACCUACAAGUUCCUACAAGUCACGACGGUUGCUUGUGCAGCUCACGCUUUUUUCCGUGGUGGCCGCAGAGCGUGACCUCUGUGAGGGGUGGCAGCGGGUGCCUCCAGGUUCUGUGGCGCUGGGCCGUGGCAGCGUUUGGCUCCUGUGCGGCCCCUGACAGCGUGAGUCAGAGCUGUGCGCCGAGCUCUUGACUCCGAGACCUGAGCGAUGUUUCAUAACCUUGCUGCUGCUUCCAUAAAAGUACAAAUACGGUGCGCAGUGCUCUCGGGCUCCUUACGCUUUGGAAGGAACUGACAGCCGAAGGGGUUUUGUCCUGUGGUUACAGGAAUGGAUGCAGUAAAUGGGUCUAGUGUUUGCGUGUAACUUAUUGAGGCUUGUUGGUUUAUGAAUCCAUUAGAUCUUUCAAUAAUCACUUCAGGAACAUAGAACUUUUAAUAAUCACAUCAGGAACAUGUCCCAGUUCCAAGUGAUCAGAUGUAUCUGGCAUAGAUAAUAGAAGGAUGUAGAAGGAGGGAAGCAUUUUAAACUGCGUAAGAGAGUUUUCAAAAGACUGUGCAAAUGUCUGCAGUGUGGCAGAUUUGAAACAAUAUGAAUGAUUGUCUUGUUUCAAUUUAUUUUUCCCAAAAGUCAUGCUCUAUUGAAAGAUUUACCUAGUUCUGUGCCUAAAUGAAGAUUGAUGUGGUAUGUCUUGUGCUCAAUUCCUUUCUUCUCCAAGUUAACUUUUAUUGAAGCAUUUUAAUGUGUAUUAAAGUCUCAGUCAACAGCCUAGCCCUUAAAUGCUGUAUAGUUAAGCUAAUUAUAGUCUUGAAUUUUCUUGUCCUGAUAUAUUUGAACCUGUAAUAGGCCAUCAAAAGUGGUCUUUCAUGUUAUUAUUUCUUAAUAAAAAGGGAAGAGGAGGAUAACAUAGGGUAAAUGCACAGCUCCCUUGGAUUACAGUAGUUUAUGUGCAGGGUUUUUUUUCCCUACGGAACUAUUCAGCAAUCAAAAUACUGAGCUGUUUGUUUUUUCAAUAACCUGAUUGUAGCUAGUUAUUUUUAGUAGUAGUUUAAGUCAAUCUUUUUCAAAGUUAUUUUUAUGUAAAGCAAAAUACAUGAGGGAUGAGUGCAUAUUUUUUUCUGCUUCAGUAGCUAGAAGAAUGGGAUUUUUUCCAACUUGGAGGUUGUCAAAAGACAGAAAGGAAGAGGUAGAAAAAAGUAUAUGACAAGUCAUAUGUUUAAAAUAUUUUUUGUAAUGAUCGAAUGUUCUUACUAUUUAAUUACAAAGAUAUUCUUGGGUAAUGAUAACUGAAGGAUCAGAAGAAAAUGAGCACUAUGCAAAUGUUUUUAGCUUUUGGGCAGGCUGUUAAAGAAAUAGAUCAUGUGCUAGCUGAAGUUGCAAUUGAAGUGUUUUUCAAAGCAUUUAAUGAAGAAAAUACUAGUUUCUUAUGUUUCCUGCAUCUCAUUUGUGAGUGAGAAUAUCAGAAUUAGCAAUGAUGAGGAGAGCAUUGAUGAGAUAUUUCUGACUUUCUCACAUGAAGCCUUAGAAAUUUAUAGUGAUUGUCACACAUAUGUUUUUGAUGUACAGGUUCAAGGAUUAUGUUGUACUAGGUGGGAGGAGUGUUCUUCAUCAGUGACUUCAACUGUUUGAAGCAUUUUUAUGUGCUCAGGAAUUAAGGUGGAUGAAAUGUUUCAUUGAUCAUAGCAGGAGCAGGACGUAUAAGGUGGGAGCAUUGUCGUAACUGUUAAAGGGCAUAAUGCAGAAUCCGUUAACAGUUUCUGCAGGUGGUGUUUUUUUGCAUGCUAAUCCUGCAGAGAAACAUUGUGUCCAACAAAGUAUGCUGGGUCAGCAAAAGCAAGAAACUUGUGCUGCAAAGACAGUAUCCACAGACAAACAGAAAUCCCCUUCGGAUCUAAUACAAAGUUUUCAGAAGAAAAGUCAGUUUAGGACCAUUGCUCCAAAAAUGGUACCAAAAAUUUUAACGUCUGGAGUUGUUUCUUGCCAUCAGUCAUCUUUGCCUGAGCCAGUGACACCAAUUUCAGCUUCAGGUUCUAAGCCCCUGGUGGUGCCAGCUCAGAACUAUGCUGUCAUGCAGGUGGCUGCUCACAAGGGCACAUUUUCCCUGUUGGCUGUGCCGUGUGUUGCACCUGCUCUAACACAGCAAGUUCAGCAGUCGACUGUGGCCCCCUCUGAAAACCUAAAGCUGCCCAUCCCCAGGUACCAAUCUGUAAGAAAUAAAUUGCUGAGUGACAAAAAACCAGCACAAAUCUCUGGUUUUGCGUGGAGUGCAUGUAACAAGAUUCCUACCAAAAUGCUGAUCUCAUCACAGACUUCCCUCAUGACUGCUCUGCCUGAAGACUGUCCUGAAGCUCAGUCUAGUUCAGAUUCAGCUGAGCAAGGGGUGAUAACAGACUGUGACUCAGCUGAAAUUGGAGUUGCCGCAUUAGUAAAUAAAAGCAAUCGUGUGGAGUCUAGAUCUCUUUUAAUGAAGAAAACUGAAAUUGAAAGAAAUAAUGUUUCUAGACCAACUGUAGUUGAAGACUCUCUAUCCAAGCCAGCAAGUACAACUAAUCCCAUGAAACUAAGUCUACACUCUGUGAAGACAGCAUCAGAAACCACAAGAGAGCCACUCCUGAAAUCUGAUAAACUAAAGGGAAAAGCCACAAAUUCUGAAGAUCCUUUAGCUGUCUUGUCACCAGCAGGUUUUGGCAGUACAAUUCAGAUGACUUCUUCAGCACCAAAAGGAAAACUUCCUAUUUUGCCUUACUCGAGAAUGAAAAAUUCAGUGUUCUGUAGAUCUAAGCAGAAUACUAAAGUUAUGGACAUACCAGGUCAUUCACUAAAAUCUGAAUGUGAAAAGAUACCAUCUUUGAUGAAAGCCAAAGCCUUUGAUAAUCAAUUAGGUGUAUCAUUUACACAAGUCACCAAACAAACCAUUCAAGAAAAUACCUCCUCUCCAUCCAGCAAAGUGGAUGAUAUUGACAGCCUUAAAAAAUUGAACAGUGCAACCUCUAAAAGAAGAGGCAGGAAAAAAAGAGCCCCAGAAGAUUUAUUGGCUUUUCAGGCCAAACAAAGGAAAUGCAUCAUUAAUAAGUUUAGAGAAGAAAGAGAAAGGGCAAAGAUUGAUAUUCAGACACCUGAAGACAAUAAAGCAGAGGCAGUGAAAAAAUACCGCAGUAUCAGACCAAAACCAGUGGUGGUUGUGCAGGCGUUCGCACCGCUGGCUGCUGCAGCCAUCGUAGAGACGCCAUCUCAUGAGCAAGACUUAUUUUUAAACGGUUCACUGGCCAAUAAAUGUUUAAGUUCCAGGCACAGUGAUGCUACAUCAGCUAAAUCAAGUGAUCUAAAUAGAAAUACACGUUCAGCUGUCCCUAAGCCUAUGCACAGAUGUCAUGUUUGUAACCAUACGUUCCAGUUCAAGCACCAUCUCCAGGACCACAUGAACACGCACACGCGCAAGCGGCCCUACAGCUGCAGGAUCUGCAGGAAGGCAUAUAUCUAUUCUGGGAGACUGAGCACCCAUAUGAAGCUUCAUCACAAUGAAGGCAAACCCAAAAAGCUGGUGUGUUGUGAAUUCUGUGCUAAAGUUUUUGGCCAUGCAAAAGUGUACUUUGGCCACCUCAGAGAAGUCCACAGGGUUGUUAUCAGCACAGAGCCCUCCACUAGUGAGCAACAGGUGCACGAUACUUUAAAGAAUAGAGACAGGAAUAUAAAAGAGGCAGAAGAAGCUACAGAGAGGGGAAAUAACUGCAAUUUUGAGGACCUAUUCCAUAACCCGGGAGGAGUGAAAUUACAGGUCAAAUGUGGUCGAUGCCAGUUUAUUGCAGAGUCUUUCGGUGAAAUGAAGUUUCACUUAUUGUGCUGUCAUGGAGAAGAGAUUCAGGGAAGAGUGAAGGAAGGGGUUUUGCAAGGAAGCAGAGGAACAAAGGGGGGACUGGUCAAACAUACAACCCACGUGUGGAAACAGCACGAUGAGAGAAGACGUUUAGCAAAGUGCAGUGCCCAUCAGGAGGAGCUGUAUACUGUUCCAAAACCAAAUAGACAGAUACCCUUGCACCAUCACAAUAAUGUCAAUAUUUUACCUAAAAGUGAACUGACUCAGUCAGGAAAUAGUGAAGCCUCCAAGGAGAUGAAAAAUGUGGGGUUUGGUACACCAAGGAAAAAAAUAGAAUUUUGUUCUAAAGCAGGCUAUAACUGCAUUUUAUGCGAACAGUUAUUUGGAAGAAAAGAGGAUCUUUUUAAUCAUUGGCAGAGCCAUCAUAAUUGUGAAGACCCUUCCACUUUAUGGACAAUUUUUACUUUGGUAUCAAAACAAAGAAUUAUUGAACUUUCUGAUAAUGGUGAAUAUUGAAGCUCAACUCUACAGUGCAAUGAAAAAUAUUAACUACCUUACCAAACUCUUUUUUCACUGUCUUGCUAAACUAACUCAACAGAUGUAUUGCUUCAAAGUUUGUUAGUUGGGUUUGUUGGGGAUUUUUUUUUAAGUCAUACUAACCUUUAUUUUGGUGACUAGAAAUCUGUUUGUUCCAUAUUAUUGCAGGUGGGUACAUGGAAGCUGAUUAUCAAUCCUUGUACUUAAAAUUCAUGAUUAAGGAACUUCGUAACAGCAAAUAGUCAAUACUAAUGGUUAACCUCAAUGAAAUGUAUUUUUGAGUUAAAUUAAACUGUACACACAGAAAUAAUUCAAUUUCUAUAAAGUAAUCUCAGUCUUAAAUGAAAUCACACACCUGACUAGAAGUCAGGUCCCAACUAAGCUUCCAGAUUUUUUGGUAAAUGCAUAUUUCCAUGCAGUUUUCUCAAUCAUUUUAAUGUGCAUACAUGCAGCCAGCACUUGGGAGCUUUUUAGUCUAUAAUUUAAGAACUUUUAAUAUUUGUUUUCUUGAUUUCACUGUCUUUAAACAUGUUCAUUGCUUGCAAGUGUUCAGUUCUGUCCUGUUAACAACAAAGAUCUUUUUAUUUUAGAGGUAAAAAAAUCUACAUGUAUUUAUUUGCCUGUAGCUUUUUGGGUUGAAGAUGAGUUGCCACCCAUUAAGAUGGAGCCCAGUAGAUUUUCAAGGGGGCAGGUCCUGUCAGGCUGUAAGGGCGUGGAGUUCUAGAGCUUGGUUUUGAUGAAAAGGUCAUUGAAACAUUUAAUCCAAUUUGAAAUUGGUGAUUAAACUGCUUAAAGCCUUAUAUUCCUCUGAAUUAUUUUAGGAACAAUAAUGCAGGCAAGUCUAAGAAAUUACCACAUCACUCUACAACAGAAGUCAGAGCACGUCAGAGGGCAAGCUGAAAAAUAUACCAGAACUGUCCCUGAAGUACUACUGUAUUUAUUCCUUUUUGUGGUCAGCUGUAAUUGAGGGAUUGCAGUGAUAAAAGAGUCAUUCCUAAAAUGGCCUGUGUUGCCUCUAACUGUUCUUCAAAAAUUAUGGUGGUGAAAACAUGAGAAGAGAUGUAAAAAUGUUGGGCUUUCUGAGUGGGAUUCCUCAAGCUGCUGCAAUAUUUUGUGUAUGUCUUUUAUUUUUAAACAGUAAACACAAUUUUGAUGACCUAA